AAAUGUACGCUCCUGCAUGUGUUAUGUCAAUAUUUAUUGCUGCAGAAGCCCUACCUCCCCAACCCACGCCAGCACUCCCACCCCAACCGCCAGCCCCACAACCACAGCCGGCUCCUCAUCAACCAAGGCAACGGAGGCGUGCUAGGCCACCAAUUUUCCGAACCCGUGUCCUACUUUUUGGUAUGCCAGAUGAUGUGGUGGUGCGUAGAUACAGGCUGCCACCACAUCUAAUCCUAGACACUCUCUCCAUAAUAGAGAGUGAUCUGGAGUCUGAAAUUCGGUAUCCUACAGCAAUACCACCAUUGACACAAUUCCUUGCAGUGUUACAUUUUUUGGCUACAGCCUCAUAUCAGCAUGUUGUGGGAGACCUGGUUGGCAUGUCGCAGGGCCAGUUCAGUAAGGUCCUGCGGCGUGUCUGCCAGGCUUUCCUAAAGCGGGUGAAGCAAUUCAUUGAUAUGCCUUUGGAUGUUGGUGCCCUAGAUGUGGUGAAGCGGCAAUUUGAGGAAGGUGGUAGUCGCUUCCCACAUGUUAUUGGGGUUGUGGAUGGCACACAUGUUGCUAUUCAGCCACCAAGACAUAAUGAAGAAAUUUAUAGAAACAGGAAACUGUUUCAUUCUCUGAAUGUAAUGGUUGUUUGUGGGCCAUCCCUCCAGAUCCUUUCCCUGAAUGCAAAAUUUACUGGAAGUUCACAUGAUGCAUAUGUCAUUAGACAAUCAGGGAUAUGGCAGAGAUUAAGAUCAAGUCAACGAGCAGACAUGUGGUUAUUGGGAGACCGUGGAUAUCCUUGCACCCCCUGGCUCAUGACUCCUUACCGUAAUCCCAGGCCAGGACCACAGAUGGCAUUUAACUCCGCGCUUACUGCCACUAGGCAGCUGGUGGAGCGCACAAUUGGUGUCCUUAAAGGGCGGUUUCGUGUGCUCCACCGCACUGGUGGCGACAUCAUGUAUUCGCCGGAGAUGGCAAGUAAAAUAGUGGUCCUGUGCGCAAUACUACAUAAUAUCGCGGUAAGGAGUAGUGUAGAGCUUCCUCAGGCAGAGGAAUUGCCUGAUGAGGAGCCAGGGGUUGUUCGACAUUUCGGUGGGGGGAGUGUUACACGGAGGGGGAGCCAAGUGAGGGCAAGGAUUGUUGCCGAAUAUUUCAGCUGAAUGAUCACACGAACUGUGGACAACAACAACGGCACAACUCUCCGCCCCCUUCCCCUUCCCAGUCCCCCUCCCCUUCUCACUCCCCCUCCCCUUCACAGUCCCCCUCCCCUUCCCAGUCCCACUCAGCUUCCCAGUCCCCCUCAGCUUCCCAGUCCCCCUCAUCUUCCCAGUCCCCCUCAUCUUCCCAGUCCCCAUCAGCUUCCCAGUCCCCCUCAGCUUCCCUGGCCCACUCCACUUUCCACUCCACUUCUCACCACACCUCUCCAUCUCUUUCUGGGACCCCUUCUCCUCCUUCCCAUACCCCUUCUCCUUCAACUUCUACAUCACCAUCUCAACCCCCCUCACCCUCUAUUGCAUUAACUUUCUCUCCGCCCCCCUCGCCCUCUCAAU